AUGAGUCGUCUUUUCUCUGUCAGAAUAUGUAGCAGUUUGAUGUUGAUAUUUUCAAAAAUUCCGACAAACAACUGUGAUUUUGACAUCGAGGAAAAGUUGUUUGCCUUCAGUGAAAAUUUGCUUAAACGAAUGGACGACAGUGACGACAAUAUUCGACUUGAAGUUUUGGAAGCUUUUUAUUCGUAUUUCGAUUGCAUUCGUCAUUUUGGUCUGGCAAACAAGCGUGAGAGUUAUUUUGAGUUUAUAUUUCGAUGCUUGCUUAUUCACAUGGACGAUGUUGCAGUUCAGGAGUCUACCAAAUCACCUGUUCCAAAUUUCACAGUUGUUGAAAUAUUUUUAGACUUAAAUUGUUCACCGCUUUUCCUAUAA